AUGUCCCAUAAUGCAGCAGGAGAUGCAGGGAUCAGCGCUCGGACUCUGAGGGUGAAGAUGGUUCUUUUGGGCAGCUGUGGAGUGGGGAAGUCCAGCCUGGCCACUCGCUUCGUCAAAGGAGAAUUUGUGAAUAUUCAACAAACUGUGGGCUGUGCCUAUCACAGCCACGUGGUGAGUGUGAACGGAGUGAGUCUGAGGUUCGAGAUCUGGGACACCGCGGGGCAAGAGAAGUACCACAGUGUCACUCCGCUGUACUACAGAGGGGCCCACGCUGCUCUGGUGGUCUACGACGUCAGCAACAAGGAGUCGUUCAGACGUGCACAGUUCUGGCUGAAGGAGCUGGAGAAGCAGUACAUCCCAGACUCCACUGUGGUUUGGCUCGUGGGCAACAAGGCAGAUCUGACUCACGACCGACAAGUCUCAUCACAGGAGGGACAGAACCUCGCUGAAGACAGAGGAUUGGGAUUCAUGGAAACGUCGGCUCUGUCCGGAGAUCAUGUCACGCAACUUCUGCAAACUAUAGCCUACCGAGUCCAUGAACUGACCUGGGACCAGUGCAGUCUGUCUGAUUGGCAGGAGUUUCAUCGUGAGGAUCUGAAAAACCGACCAUUCUUCAGCUCUUUGCCGUCGUGCUGCAACACUGGAACAUAA